AUGUCCGCUGAAUUCCCGUUCGCGGCGAAGACAGUGAGUCCAUUGAAAUGCAACGAGAAGCCUUGGGACCUGUGGGUAAGUGAGAUCGGUCACCUGUCUCCGCGCCGGGACAACGAUGGCACGUUCACGACACCCGCGGCAGUGGACAAGAGCUCGUCCACUCGCCGCGUCCACGAAGCCCACCCGUACAAGGUCGCAGAGAAGGGCCAAGCGCGAUAUCGGCGCGCUGGCCUCAACAGGCUCAAGUAUGAGAGCAUGAGCCUUCACGGACUGUUCCCGCAAAUGGACAAUCUGAAUGCUGCAGUCUGUCACAUGUGCGGAGAAAUUGUGAAGUGUAGUGCAGCCUAUAGACAUUUACUCGAAUCCCAUAAUGGUGCUGAGCCAAUCCUUCCACCCCCACCUCCGACCGUUAAACUAAAAUCGAUUCCUAGUAGAAGUAGACAUAAGAAGGAACCACCACCUCCGCUUCCUGUGGAUAUACAUCCUUUAAAGAUGGAGACAUCCCCAGUGCCUGCUGCCGCUCCGAUAUCUAGGAUAGUUCUGCCCCAACCUGACUUACAGUACCUGGAAGAAGCCAGCACCUCAUCGGCCAUAACCGGUGAAGUGCAAAUCAGCAUGGAGAGUGGUGAGUUACCCGUAGUCAGUAUACAGGAUACAGAAGACUUACCACUUGGUGAAAACCUAACUGAUGAUAUUUUCGCCAUCAUGAACUCUGAAGGUAUACAGAGUGCAGAUGACAUCACAAAUGCAGCAGAUUGGAAGAAUAUUAUAAAGGACAUUCAUGAGAUUAACUUUCCAAUGGCUACAGACAACAUACAAACACCUGACUUAUAUGCUGCUACAUUGGACUCAUCUUUAGCGGGGUACGCGAUACCAGAAACGGAUUUAGCGAAUUUAACGUUUCCUGCUAACACCCCAUCCAUGUUAACCGUAGUAGAUAAUGUACAAAAUGCUCAAGUCAAAGCGCCAGUCUCGUCGACCGCGAAAACGCAAACGCGUAAAACGAGUAAAACGAAAUUUAAUUUACGAGAGUACGAUCCUAACAAGCACUGCGGCGUGGUCACCGCCGAGAACCCGAAGCCCUGCACGAGGUCUCUGACGUGCAAGGCGCACGCCUUGUCGCUGAGACGAACGGUGGAGGGCAGGGCGAAGCCCUUCGACACGUUGCUAGCGGAGCAUCGAGCAUCACGCGACGCGGCCGCCUCUGGGACCACCUACAAUCCGCCUGUCAGUCACACUCCCGUCCCAGCCGUGGCGGCUACCGUCCCGCCCGCACCCGUCAACCUCCCACCGCUCCUAGUCAAUACUUCGCUAGACCUCAGCCUGUUCAACGGGCUAACGGCCGAACAGCAAGGAACCGAUCUCUACGCGAGCUGGCUCAACGUCGAAGACCCAGUGCUACCUGACACGUCGAGCAUCACCUCUCUACUUAGUCAACCGUUGCCGACCGACCCCUUUCUACUGCCGGACGACGCGGAAAUCCCUGCAGACAUUAAUUAUAGUAUAGCACCGCCGGCGCAGCCCACGCCGCCGAUCAAAGAGGAGAAGGAGGGUCCGCCGCCGUUGGUCCCCGGCGACGUGUGCUGGUAUAGCUCCUGUCCGCGACCGUUAGCUCUCUGUACGUACAAUGCGUCUCACGCGGGCAGCGCGGUGACCUUAGGCAAGAAAUUCGCGACCGUCAGGUCCAAUAUCAAGUCUUCGCUGACGCGCUCGACGAAGGCCGGCACCACGAACAAUUUCUACGGCCCGAGUCUGUCGCUGUCGAAGACUCUGCACGUGAACAAUACUAGUAAAUCGAACAAACCGGAAGUGCGUAAACUGAUAGUGACGUGUUCGAAUAGUGGCAAAGAGGUGCAGACGUUGAGUGAUAUAUUCGGGGGGGAAGUGCGGCACGAGACGCGGAUGAACGGGCACUUGGGGCCCUCGGAGCGCAAGGCGCGCGCCUCGACCGCCAAGAGCGCCAAGCGGCCCGCGCAGUCUAUGCUGGACCUGGCCUUCUCGUUCGACCCGCUGCUGGCGGACGAGAAGUGCUGA